AUGGCGGGCAAGAAGGGAGCAGGCGAGAACAGCAAGAAGGCUGCCGGGAACGCCCGCAAGGCCGACGCUGCCGCCCAAAAAGCUGCCGCCGAGGACGCGAAGAAGGCCGCCGUCGAGGAUGCUGAGUGGUCCAAGGGCUCCAAGAGCAAUGCGAAGAAGGAGGCGGAAGCUGCCAAAAAGGCCGAGGCGGCCAAGAAGAAGGCCGAGCGCGAGGCCGCACUGAAGGAGGAAGAAGCCAGCUUGCCGUCGCGAGCCGGGCCCAAGAACGCCAAAACGGCCGUCAAGAAGACCCGCGGGCUCGAUCUGUCACAGCUGGACGACAACGGCGGCUCGCAGGGUGCCCUCAACGCCUCUGGUAUCGACAACGCCCUCGACGCCCUCUCGCUUACCGGCUCUUCCGACGCCAAGAUCGACAGACACCCCGAGAGACGCUUCAAGGCUGCCUACGCUGCCUUCGAGGAACGUCGCCUCGAGGAGAUGGAGGCCGACGGCUCGGGCAAGGGCCUGCGUCUGCAGCAGAGGAAGGACAAGAUCAGGAAGGAGUUCGAGAAGAGCCCCGAGAACCCCUUCAACCAGGUCAACGCCAAGUUCGACUCCACCAGGGAGGAGCUGGCCCAGCUGAAGGCGAGCGAGAAGCAGAAGAUUGAAGCCAGGCUUGGUUCCAACGCCGGUCUCAAGCAGGCAUGUCCAGAGGGCGUAUUUGUGAGCUUAACACCAGGAGACCCGAUGCUGUGGUCUGGCGUCAUGUUCGUGAGGCACGGACCCUACGCCACGGCCAUCCUUAGAUUCCAAAUUUCGUUCCCCGACACCUACCCGCGGCUACCGCCCCUCGUGACUUUCUCGACGGACAUGUUCCACCCGCUCAUCACUCCAUUAACGACGUACAUGUACACCACCGACAUCCAGGACAACGGCACCGUGAGCGCCACCGACGCCGAGCGUUUGCCGCCCGGCGGCUUCAGCCUGCGACACGGUUUCCCGGCUUGGUUUGGACGGGGAAGUCGGAGCGCUGCGGGGAGCAGGCAAGUUAGCGGACAGCAGCAGCCGCCCGCGACGCCGGCGAGAGGGGGUGCGUCGAGCAGUGCGGCCACAACUCCGAACUCGAAGGCAACUCCGCCCGGAGGACGCCCCGGGUAUUUGGACACUUCGAGGCGAGAGGUCUCGACUUACGAGGUUUUGAGGUAUAUUCGGAGCACAUUCGACGACGAGAGCGUACUUGAUUCGGUGCCGCUUGAGGCCGCGGGAAACCCCGGUGCGUGGCACGCGUGGAAGUCGCGUCAGAGACAGGUUGGCAAGGGCUCUGUAGUUGCUGUACCGCAGCCAGAGGAGAAGAAGGAGGGGCAGGAGCAGGAGGAGCAGAUCAAGGAGGGUGAAGCUGCCGAUGGCGAGGGAAAGACGGAGCAGGAUGCCCCAGUACCUGAGGCCGAGCCUACUCCUGAGGCCGAGCCCAAGCCCGAGCCGUCGACACCAGUCGCCAACGCGAUUAAGAGGAAGCCUGUGUCUGGUGUCGUUCCGACCCCAAAACACCCGGGAGAGUGGAACUGGGAAGGCGUGUGGGAGGACAGAGUUCAGAAAGGCAUCGCGGCAUCUCUUUCAGAAGCUGUCCUAUACGGAGCAGCGAGUGGCGGUGAUGAUCUGAUCAACUUCCUCGCAAUGGAGGACAUCGAAGUGGACUCUGUGCGGGAUAACCUGCUGAGGACGCUGGGAAGCGGCACCGCGACUCCUGAACGGAAGAGCAUGGACCGAAGGUCUAGCAUGCAGGGCGUGCCUGCCGCCGAGUGA